UGAUCAUUGAAGUUCCACAUGCUCCAACGCGUGACUGGAAAGGUCGGCGGAAACACAGUGGUGCUACGCCCUGCACUUCAAGCUCUCAAGGAGAAGGCAGAGCAUACGCUGGACAAGAAGGCCGGGGAUGUAGUUCUCUUCAGCAAGAACAUGCACAACAACACUGGCAUGACCGACCUCAGCUUCGAAACACACAAGGCCAAGAAACGAGUGAGCAUGUAUUUCACGUCCAAACCCGACGGCAUUGCGUCGUAUCGACGGUGCGCGGCCAUCUUGGCCAGUGUGGACAGCGUGGAGCUACAGUACACGCCGCAGUUUGGCCAGUCCAGGAUAUCCUUCGAAUGGGAUGAAUUUUGGAGCAUGAUGGAACACAACAAGUUGGGGUUUCUCGCGUCCGAGUCGUCUCAGCCGUUGCUUCAUCUCGGCGGCGAUCCGUCUCAAGACUACAUAGAUGUCCAUGGAGCCGAGGACGGGGCAUCGUUCGAUAUGGAGUUCGAAGAGAUCAAAAAGCUUGAAUAACACUGAAUUUUACGAAACGUUCGCUACUGUAAGAUUCGCCGACUGGUGCUGGCUAGCCACGUCAUAACGAUUA